AACCAUAUUAGAUUCUUGAGCAAACGGAUUGGCCAGAACUUUUACCGAUGGUCCCACAAUGUAAUGUCUCGAGAUUGCGAGGGGCUGGAACGCUAUCUUCUUUAUGAAAUUCUUUCGGCAGUUGACUCUUUUCAUUAUUAUCCUUCCUUCCAUGCAGAUCACUGCCCUUCUUGUCCUGUCCCCAACCGACGACUUACUGUACAAGAAUGUUGCCAGCCCACCAUAAAUUAAAUAGGAAGUUCACGAGCUCAUCACCAUCCCCACAAAUCACUUAAUAUCUAUCUCAAUAGUCGCUAUGCGUUUUCUAAUAGCGUUUGUUGCCAUCUUUGGGUACGCUGCAGGAAGCCCACAUCCGAUGGAAACGAGAGCCACCAAUCAGGUCUCAACUUUUCAGAUUGUUGCUUUCCGCCCCGACUCGGAAAUCGACUCACUCAAAAUCAAAGCUGCCAAUAACACACUCUAUAUCGGUCCAUCCGCCCAAGACGCAUGCUGUAAUCAGCGGAACGCCGAAGACGCCGCGACCUUUUAUCUGAAGAGCGAGGAGCUCUUUCUGUACUCGCCAGGCAAUCCGAAGCAGCAGGUUUAUGUGGACAACUCUAGAGCUGGCGAGAGAAAUAUUCGUUAUUACAUCGGAUCUCAGCCGCAGCCUCAAGGUGCCAAAACGAAGGGAUGGGAAAUCCGCAAAGACGGGGCUCUGACUUUCAAUGACGGUCAACUGAUGGCUUGCAACAACGGUGCUAAUACUUGGGACGUCUUGCUACGAAGCGGUGACCAGAGCGCUGGGAAUGGCAAGAAGUGCUUGGAAUUCACAGCCAAAACAUCCAUUAGAGCAAGUCCCACCAGCUGUUUGUAUUCUGGUGAGCAUCAAGUUGUCUCAUUCCACUGCCUGUGAUAGAGGGAUUCCAGCUACGCUUGGAGAAUAUCUGUAUACCAUUGUUAAAAGAAAUAUUAUUGGUAGAAAAUUGUUAGAUAGGAGAGGUUUGGUGUUACGCUGUAUGUCUGUUGAUCCUUAUUGAGAGAUAUAUUUUGUUGAGGGCGUUGUGCAUGAUGCCUUACAGGCGUAUAUAAAAUAGCGCUGUUUCACAGGUGUAACCUUGAUCUAUCUCUUUGGUGAGACAUUGGAUAAGGCUAUUAUAAUCGUAAGGCAAUUGAUAGGGACGCAUCAAGAAUUGAUAAGAGCGUAUCGUCCUUAGGGACGCUCCAACUUU